AUGUCGCGCCGUCCUCCCGAAGGCGACGAGGACCCCUCCUCGACGUCUUCAAGACGCCAAACACGCCGCAGCUCGCGCUCUGGCGCGUCUAUCUCGGCGGCAGAACCUACCUCCUCUCUCUCGACCGCUCGCACCGGACUUACACAGCCGCAUCCGCCGCUUAUCUCCUCCAACGACCCCGUCGCCUCUUCUUCGUCGUCGUCGCUCGGCGUCGGUGCCGGCCGCGCACCGAGAGAAGCGACUGCUCGACGGGCAUCGAGGAGGGCGUCGCUCGACCCGUACCCGACUGGUCUUGGCGAGUCGCCAGAAGCGGCGAGGGGUACGAGGCGGGCGUCGAGAGCGACAACAGGGGAUCAAGAACGUCAUGGGCGUGUCGAAGAAGAGCAGGAAGACGUGGGAAUGCAGGCAGGAGAGGGCGAAGGACGACGAGCGCCGACGGACACUGCGACAGCUGGUCGACCAAGAACGUACGAGCUCGUCAUCAUGCAGCAACCUCGAGUCGGAGCUGAAGCGGGCAUGGGCAGGAGCACAGUCGGUCGGCUACCCUUGGUACCCGCGCCCAUCGUCGAGGUCAUCGUGCGCGACGAGCGAGGGCGACGAACCGACGUCGACUUGCCCUACCUGCUAUGCACGGCUCGACUAAUGCUAGAGGACGGCCUGACCCGCGCCGAGGUCGCCCAACUCGCUGAGGUGCCGAACGGCGAGGACGCAGAGACGUUCAGCACGCUGGUCGGCUCGCCCUCUGCCAGUCCACGACGCGUCGAAGACCUAGAAGGUCGUCAACGGAACGUCUUUGUCUUCGAGGAUCUCGCCGUGAGGGUUGGCGGGACGUACCGGCUUGAGUUCCGCCUGGAGGAAAUGCGUCUACCGACUGUCCGACAGCUCGCCAGCACCGUCUCGCAACUCUUCGACGUCGUCGAAUGGGCUGACUACCCUGGCAUCCCUCCAUCCGAGGUCGUAACGCAGCUAUCAAUGCACCUGCACCAGCAAGGCGUCCCAAUGUACAUCCCGCCGCUCAUCCUUCCUCAACCUGACCUCCCCCCUCCGCCCGCCGGCUCGAACCCCUUCCCUCCCGAAGACCCUCGCUCAGGCCGUCCUCAUACCGCCUCGAACGGCGAUACCCCGCCUCCCGCCAAUUCCCCGAGCCCUUGA